AUGUCAGAUUCAAAUGCUGUCGCCCUUCGGGAAGGUUCGUCUGAUCUAAGUGCACACCUGGAACAGCGGCGCAAUCACGCACGGAGUCUAGAGCUGCAGGUAUCUCGGAAAGAAGCAGAGCUUCGUCGUGCAAAGGAAGAGCAGGUACUUCUCAAGGAACUUCAAACCGUGAAUGAGAUUACCCUGCGUAAAAAGCAGCAGCAGGACGAGGUUGAUUCCAACAAUCGGCUCAAAAUUUCACCAGAAUCCCUGGCAGAAGUUCUUGCUCUAGAGAACGAAAUUAAGCACGAACGUGAGCGCACGGCUAAAUUGCAAGACUCUGCUAACACCACGUUUCGUCAAAUGGAAGAAGUGGAGAAAGGCAUUGAUGAUGUCAGCAGCCGUUUGGCAUUGGUGAAGCACGCAACUGGCUGGGACCGAACGGAUGUUGACAGCACGUGUGGCUCACUUAUCACGAAUGAGUGGAUGCUGCGGAAGAAGAACCUGACCGCGCUUCAUGAGGAACAAGAAACCGUGAAGGCCCUCACCGCUUUGCUGACGGAGAGGAUCGAAGCACUUACCAAAGAACUGGAAGCACAGGGAAAGAAGACAGAGGAGCUCACGGCGGCACAGGAAACGUUGCGGCAGAAAAACACACAGUACGAAAAUAUUCUGGAGGAAUUAAAGUCUAUGGAGAGACUGACCAAGAAGAAAGAACGCCUUUUGGAUACCAACCACGACAAGCAAUGUGAUGACUACAAGACACUUAAGCUAUUGGAGGGAGACAAAAAAGUACUCUAUAGCACACUUUCCAAGUUUCGUGAAACGAAUGUCAGCAACUCCAAAUCUAUUCUUUCCCUCGAGGUGCGCCUGCGGCAGUUGGAAACCAAGUUGGAGGCGGUGAACCUCUUCCUGCAGCAGGUGUUUGCCGAAGUGGAGGAGGAGGAGCCAAUGGAAAAUGUUCCGGAAGAUGCUAUGGAAGUCCCAUUGGAGCAGUUCGAGGAGCUUUGUCGUGAACUUGAGUGCUCUCGUGAGACUCUGAUUCAGCGUGAUGACCAACUCAAUGCCCAUGACGCGAAGGUUGAGCAGCUUGAGCGAAAGACAACAAUUCUGCAAAACGCCAUUGCGUCUCGCGCAACUUCGGCGCAACUUCAAGUAAAGGGGAAGGAAAAGGAAUUUGAGACGUUGAUGUCUCAUGUCGAUUACAUGAAGGCAGAAUUCGACGAGGAAUACACGAAGCUUUCUCAGGAAAAUACCGCACUGCGGGCCAAGCUGGACCAUAUCCAGUCUAACUAG